GAAGUCGAUGCUCCAGAAGAUUUUCCCUUUGAAAUCAUUGAUAAAUCCGGCGAUCAAACAAUCAUUCUUAAGCGUGAAUUUGCUGGUGAGAACAUCCAUGCUACAGUAUAUAUGAAUGUUGAUGGGGAAGAUAUGAGCAAAGAUGAUGAAGACGAUAGCGAGGUUGAUCAGGAGAGUGCUGCUGCUCCAAAUAUUUCUCUUCUUGUUGCUAUAGAUAAAGGGGAGGGUCCUGUCUUGGAAAUUGGUUGCAAUAUCAGUUCUUCUGAUCUUGAAAUUGAAAGCUUGAUAAUGAAAAGUACCCAUGAUUCUGAUGGCCAGGGAGCUUACCAAGGACCUGAAUUUUCGUGAGUUUUCUUUCUAUUACUUUUUAUUUUUUCCUUUGGCUUAGAAAACAAUAUAAAGAUCUGGGAAAUGCAUAAUUUCCCUUUCAAAUGCUUUGUUUUGGAAAUGUUAGGUAGAGUAGACAAGCAAUUAGAGUACGGUGUUUCUUUAUUUGUUUUCCCGAAGUAAGGUUUUCUUUCUCUGAAAUAGUUUUAUUGUUGCAAAGCAAGGUUGCCCACUGUUAGAUACGGAGCCUAAAAUUUAUCAAGAACUUGGUAUAAAAUGUGAGAAUAAAUUAGAAUUAUUUUUCGGAUAAUUCUGUAUAAAAUUUGAUAAAGGUAUUCAAGCCUUCUUAAGCUGACAACUAUUUUGUUUCAAAUUUUUAUCGGAUCAGGGU